AUGAUGUUUGGCCCUGUGCUAAUUGUGAGCACCAGUCCCUUUGGACUGCUUUUUGUGCUUAUCAAUAACUCCAAGGGUGUGUAAAUGAAUAUGCUAAAGUUGCUGGUUGACAAUUGCAUGGAAUAGGUGACGACUCAGUCCCUGCAUCGACGUAGGGCACUGGUAAAGAAGGGGAAUUCCAGUUCCUUUAAAACUAUUCGUACUGCAUGCAUAAUGCUGUGUUGGGAAGUCCCGGGCACGCACACACAGAACCAAAGUCGGUUGAUCCUUUAGUCGUAGCAUGCAGUGUUUUCCUCAUCUAGCCGGGGCAAGUAGAUUUCACCAGCGUUUUGAUUAUAAUGUUUGGUCACUUCCCAGUCUUGGUUUUCCUUCUUUGCCGUGCAGACGGGAGAAUUGCGCCGAGAUGACAGCGGCUUGUUUGCAGUAUUCCUGUGCAUCGUGUAAUAGGACAUUACAGACACAUGAUAAUCGGCUGGUGUUACAGUGAAACGGCUUCGUCAUUUUAAAAUUAUGGCCUGCGUAGCUAAGGCAGCAUUUACGAGCAGAAUCGUGUGGCUCGUCGUGCUGCAGUAUGCCCUGCUUGUCGAUUUCAGCAGGCGUACAGCAGCCGCACCGGUACCAGCUCGACCCAACCCCACCAAUGACCUUGGACCAAGUACUGAUGAGGAGGACGAAAACCAGGACAAUCCCCCGACGUAUUCCCCUGAACAAGCUACUGAUGAUAACUCCGACCUAGAGAUUGGUUCGAACAAGUGCCGACCGUGUAAAAGCAGCUUUUUUAGGUACCCAGGUGGCAGAAGAAGGACCGGCGCUGUUGCGGGAGCAAGACGUCAUUCAACAGGUUACAGACGGGCGUCUUCUGCCAAGAGUAGGCCUUGUAGAGGUCUUUGCCGUCCUUGUACAAUCUGUGCUGGCGGAUUGACAGUGUUGACCAAUUGCACGGCGACCCAAGACACCGUUUGCUCGCUCUGCCGGGAGGGAUUUACUUGGGACCCCGUCAGAGGGCAGUGCAGGAAGGUGAACCCGUUGAUUCACGAGGUGGUGGUUGAGAUCUCACGGGUGAGCUCCCCUUCGCCUCUCACCAUGGGCUGGUACGAUAACCCUACCCACUCGCAUGCCAUACACUCCAACAGAAAGCCUGUGGGAGAUGCCACCAGGAAAAAUGGACAUGCGGCUCCUAGCUUGACAGAGGAGGCUAGAAAUGAGGGGAUGGCACCAGGUUACAUCGCUUCGCUCAUCGCCAGCGGAGCCGCUGGGGUAGCAGUUCUUAUUCUGAUUGUCGUGGUCAUCAUCUACGCGGUGCUGCGGUGGAGGCAGUGGAAAUACUCAACGCCAAGGCGAGAAAGAACAUGGAGGUUUUGGUUUGAAAGUAUCUUCAAACGGGGCAGCCAAACAGUGGCUAAUGAUGCCCAGUACUCCAAUGUUCGAGAUUUUGAAACAGAAACUCCGUUGCAACGGGAUACAGUUACGAGAGUCGAAUCGGAAUAUUUAAAAGAUAGGGAAUCGAAAGGAUUCCUCAACCUACCAGCCCCCAAUACAAGGAACGAUUUGGUUGUGCUGGAAACAGCCUUAGGGUGUGAAAAGCAUGAAAACCCAGCGAUUACAGCUUCCUUUGCUUGCCAAGAAAAAACUGCAUCAGACGACAGUUUCAUGAAAAGGAAUACUCCGAAAUCCGAGGAAAAACAAAUAUCAAAUCUUGCCAGACGUUAUUCUCUUUUUGGCCAAUGUAGCAAAAAGCCAGACGAGGAACUUGCACCCAACGGAGAUGUUUUGGAUGUAGGAAAACCUAGUAACGGGUAUGCUGGGAAAGCGACAAUUGAUUGCCGUGAGGAGCAGCUAGCAACAGCGCCACCCGCGUUGCCAGCAUGUGUGCUACAGUCUGCUGCCACUCGCAUUCCAACUGAAGAUGCAGUCGUGAAUUAUAUUCAAUCAGGCGAUCCUCCGUUAGAGGGCGUUCCAGUCAAAUGCAAGGAGACUAACAUGUAAGUCAUCAUGGUUGGAAGUGUUGCUGAACAGCAAAACAGUUCACACCAAUUUUCUUUGGCGUAAAAGUAACUGCUGAGCAGAAAAUAUCAAAGUACAUAAGUAGACAUAGCCAGGAAAAAAUAACUUAACACAUUUUGACUCAGAUCACACACAAUGUCAUUCCUCUGUCUUGAAUCAUGUACCUUUUUGCUAGCCGAGAAAGCUCACGUGACAAGGUGACUUAAACCGCACGUCACAUCACUCACGCGUCAGCCAUCACGUCAGCCAGUGUUGUAUGGUAUCGCACGCUCGCAGGCACGCGCCCCGCAGUGCACAGAAUGGUGCAUGGGAUCGCUAAAAACCGCAAAUGUUCAAAUGUUUGACGAAACAGUUUCUGAAUGAAGUCCCUCUUGUAAUUAUCAAUGUACCCAUAUAUUCAUAUUGUCCUUUUCUUGCCAAACAGUAUAAUAUUAAGUGAAUGGUAUUUACGUUAACGUUUGUGAUAUUUAAACGAACUCAAUUUCCGGACAGACGAUUGUUGAAAACGAUAUAAGAUUUAUUUUUUCUUGAAAUUGACUGCAUUCUGGGCGAAAGCUUUCACAGAUUACGCUUUUAUUUUUUUAUUUUUUUUUAAUGACGCUUUUAUUUAUUUAAAAGUACCAUUUGUAAAGGGGAUUCGGCAGUCCCGUUUUGGAGAUUUGACAAAAUGGACCGUUUUCUAUACUACGUCUAAAUUCUCUCAGAUUUCUGUCGUAAGAGGGCCUCACGCAUUCACAGAGUAUUGUGUGUAGUUUCAAGCAGAAGUCGGUCAAGACAAAGGCGAACAAAAGUUGGUCUAGACUGUUUAUGGAGGUAAGGCCCUCCAUUAUGUGCACACCUGUCACGUAGUGGCUUGUUUGGCCGAUUUGAUCACACGUUUGCCAGUUUAUUCGACUCUGCCUCGUCCACAUCAGUAGCACAUAAUAUAUUUUGUAUAAUGAAUUCCCGUCAGGCUCCGGUGAAUAUAACAAAAUUGCUCAACAUUUUGGACGGAUACUUUGUCAGCCUGCCAUUUUUAUUUUUAAAAGUUGCUGUGUUAUAUUUUGAAGCGUUCCAUCUUUUGAAAAUAAAACUUGAACACGAUCCCUUUCUGGCAGUUAUGUAACGUCGAAGUCACAUGAUUCUUGGUAUACGGCGCCCUCUAGAUUGAAAAAUGGUGCUUUUCUUGUGGGCAAGUCGGCGCUCUUCCUCUUUGAAGUCUAGAAAAUGGAGGACUGGAUCAAUUGUCAACUUAACUCUCAUUUGAAACCUGUGGUAUGGUGCAAGUUAUUGAGUGCUCUGUUGUUAUUAUGAACAAUGCGUGAACCGUCAAAGAUGGCUGCAUCUGAACCUUAUGUUUCCCCCUUGUAGCCCAGCUUUUGUUAACUGGGCAUAGUUGCCUACAUCCUCGUGCCCGUUUCAGACAAAAUUAGCCUUGCAGUACCUUUAGCAUACUAACAUCGAGACGGGGCAAUGUCAUAUUUUGUUCAGGCAAUUAGAUUAGAUGUUUAGACUUUAAGUGAUUUCCUUAAGAAAAGCAGUAAUUAGCCUUUUCACAGAAGGUAUACAAGACACAUUACAGGCCCUUAUACGUGACAGGGUCUUGACUGACUACCCAAGAAAUAUCAAGGACUUUUGGUAAACAGAUUUCACUGGUAAGAAGGAGUUUGGUUAUGCCAAGCUUUGGGACUUGCCUAGCAUGCAUCGCAUAAUACCUUUUGUCUGAUUUUUGCUAGAUUCUAAAGUCUUAGAAACUUCGGAACUUAGUAACUGUCCUCAAGUAAUAAAAAGAUAUUUCAAGACUAAAAGAUUUUUUAAAAGCCGAAAUUCGUCUUCCUAAAAAUGGUUGCAUUGAAUGGUAAAAAUUCGGUAUCUCUUAAUGUUGUUUCUGCAAAAUUGAAAUGUUUGCCGUAACAGAAGUUGUUGUAGAAGACAAAGAGAUGUAAAAUUCGCAUUUAACGCAAAUAAAAAGGCUUGAGUUGCUAUUAAUG